UCAAACUUAUCUUUUUAUCAAUUAUUUCCAAAAUCGCAAAAGAUAUGAAGCUAAUGCUUCGAUAUUUCGGUCGAUUUCUAUUAUUCAGCGUUUUCAUAGCACAGKCGAUUGUAUUUUCCCACUAUGCAAGUUUUUACUUGGACAACAAAUGGUGUUACUUGCUKUUGUUGCUUGUGACUCCUGCCAUUGUCAUGUGUGCUCAYGUUAUGUAUUUCCGUCGAAAGCAACUCAAUUGGCAAUGGCUUAUAUGGUUGAUCUACGCYAUAUUUYUACUUAUCCCAAUGGUAUGUCUCUUACUGAGAAGUGAUUUUACAGAUAAACUCGAUAAGAACAAUUUCUUUGGUCCAAAUGUUYUGAAGAUAACCUUAUGUGGUGCUCCGGCUAUUGCCCUUCUUCUGUUGACAACAGCUAAAGACUCGCAAUGUUAUGAAGGUUCAGUGGCRCAACUGUGUGGAUCAAUUGCUUUGGACUUAUUUGAUGAACUGGAAUUACUUGAAAUGCUUCUUCAUCAAGAUCCUUCGUUUCAUCUUUCGAGUGAUAUUGAAAGAAGUAUCAUAGCAUUUGUUUGYAUUAGCUUCUUUUUGACAGCUCUGGAGAUGGGAGAAAACGAGUUCGACAGUCACGAAAUGAAACGUCCUGGCAAUGCUUUCUAUGUKUUCCGUUUGUCAUUUCAGUUACUGUUUGUYAAUAUCCCUCUAUUAUURAUUCGUCUAACCGUUUGGUUYAGAUACAAGCAUGAUGCUUCWAUUUUUACAGCAAAGAAUGCAAUUGUCAUCGUGACCUCUUUGAUGGAAAUUGUCAGAGCUAUCAUACAUUCUGCAUCUGAGGRUAAUUAGCACUGAAUAGGCUGUAAAAUAUAAUGACAAGAUCGAUUGCCAAUUGGGAUUCAAGAGUGAUGAAAUUGAAAUACUAUUGGUCUAGUAUAAAAAAUAUAUUGUUUAGAUAUAGUUUCGUAAUGUACUCGAGRCAAUUUGACUAGUAUCUAAAAAUCAAUUCCAGUUGUUGAAAUUCCAUUGUUUCUGUCGACAUUCAAUACAAUACAACAAACUAGAGAGUUUCCAGGGGCUCACUCAACGACUACUGGACAACUUAGUUUCAAAUAAUCCAUUCCUAUUUGAAUUGUGUCAACGAAUGACAUUUCUGCGCAUUCAAAACAUAUAUAUUUACGCGAAAUUCUGAUAUUUUUUAAAUGCACUGAAAAGAGACUCGAAGUGUUGAAAAUAUCAACAUUCUGUUAAAAUAGGAAAGAAAAAUGCACAGUAGACAUAUCUCAAAAUUAAACAUAUCUUCUUAUGAAUUAAAUAGGAUUCAUCCAGGAAAAAUCAAAUAAAACUACAUUGAUCAGUCGCGCUAGYUAUGACGUCAGUAGU